AUGGGGAUUCUUUCUUCGGCUCGCUCGUCGGUUCUUGUAAACAGGUCUCCAACUUUCGAAUUUCAAUGUGGAAAAGGUAUUAGACAAGGCGACCCGAUAUCCCCGUUUUUAUUCAUUGUCACUAUGGAAGCGUUAUCUUGCAUGUUUGACAAAGCUUGUGAGGCCGGGGUUAUAGACGGCAUUUGUCUCCCGAAUUACGGUCCUCUCCUUUCUCACGUGCUUUACGCAGACGAUGCUAUCAUCCUUGGUGAGUGGUCUAAAGGGAAUGUCAAGAAUGUGGUUAGAAUUCUUAGAAGUUUUUAUGUGUGCUCGGGUCUUCGUAUCAACCUUGGUAAGUCUAAUCUGUACGGGCUAGGGUAUCUAACAUGGAAGUGGAGAGCAUGGCUGCUUUAG